AUGGGGAAGAAGGAGGAGGAGGAUCCUUCUUCUUCCUCCUCCUCUUCUGCAGAAGAAGAGAGCAGCGAGAGCAGCAAUUCAUCAGAUGAGUAUGACGAGGAAGCAGCAGCAGCAGCAGCAGCAGCAGCAGCAAAAGAAAAAACAAAAAAGAGACAAAAAAAAACAAAUAAAAGUCAUGCAAGGGAGAGGGCAGCAAAAAGAAGACGGGGUGUUAGUGCUUUCCUUGAUGUAGAAGCGCAGGUUGGAGAUGAGGAGGAGGAGGAGGAGACGGAUGAAUUUAUAGAUCCAAGCGAGGCAAGAGAGGCAACAAGAUGGGCAGCAAAAGCAGCAGAAGCUCGUCGUUUAUCUCAGCAGCAGCAGCAGCAGCAGCAGCAGCAGCAGCAGCAGGAUUGGGGAAGAAGAGGAGGGUCUGCACAUCUUGUUUCUGCUAUUGAUUCUCUUACAAGAAGAUACCAAGAUCAAUCCUUUGAGGAAGGAGAAGAAGAAGAUGAUGAAUAUGAUGAUGCAGAGGCACUCGAAUAUGAGGAAUCUGCGGAGGCGAAUAUUCUUCCUGACAUGAGAGACCCUAAGCUAUGGAUGAGUGGUACGGAGAGAGAAGAAGUAAUAGCAAUAUUAAAUAAAUGUUUUGUGCAUGCAAAGAAAGGAAUAGAUCUACAAAUAUAUUCUGUCUUUGCCUCUGAUGACCUAAAAGGUAAAUAA